GAACUUGGCCUUUAUCAUGACCGUGGAGAUGAAGGGGCCUCGUGAAUACUCCUCCCCUGCAGACUGGCCUCUAAUGAUGUUCUACAUGGUGAUGUGUAUAGUGUAUGUGUUCUUCGGGGCGCUCUGGCUCUUCUGGUCGGCCUGUUACUGGAAAGAUCUGUUGAGGAUCCAGUUCUGGAUCGGAGGAGUGAUCAUCCUGGGCAUGCUGGAGAAGGCCGUCUUCUACUCCGAGUACCAGAGCAUCCGCUACAGAGGAGACUAUGUCCAAGGUGCUGUGAUCUUUGCCGAGUUGCUGUCUGCUCUGAAGAGAUCUCUGGCUCGCAUCCUGGUGCUCAUAGUCAGUCUGGGCUACGGCAUCGUCAAACCCAGGCUGGGCACCACAGUCCACCGGCUAGCAGCAGUAGGCCUGCUCUACCUGCUCUUCUCCUCCGUGGAGGGAGUGCUGCGCGUCACAGGAGGUUUCUAUGGGACCGUAGCCCUGGUGGCUAACCUGAGUCUCUCUCUCAUUGACUCCUGUGUGAUGUGGUGGAUCUUCAUAAGCUUGUCCCAGACCACUCGUCUUCUGAAGCUGCGUAGGAACGUGGUGAAGCUGUCUCUGUAUCAGCAUUUCACCAACACACUCAUCUUCUCUGUUCUGGCUUCUAUUAUCUUCAUCAUCUGGACGACCAAAGUGUUUAAGCUGGUCGACUGCCAGACGGGUUGGAGGGAUUUGUGGGUAGACGAUGCCUUCUGGCGCCUCCUCUUUUCCACCAUCCUCCUGGUCAUCAUGGUGUUGCUACGACCCUCCGCCAACAGCCAGAGGUUCUCCCAUUCCCCUCUGAUCGAUGAAGACGAUGAGGAGGAUGAAGCCAAGGAACCCAUGCUGAAUGAAGCCUUUGAGGGGAUGAAGAUGAGAGGCACCAAGGCUGAGACUAAUGGAUCCCAGUCACAGAAACUACUCAGUAAAGAGGAUGAAGACCUGAAAUGGGUUGAGGAGAACAUUCCCACAACUGUUGCUGAUGUAGCCCUCCCAGUAAUGCUUGACGAAGAGGAGGAAAUUCUGAAAACCAAGAUGGAGAGAUCUAAAAUGGAAUGACCGAGUCAUGACCGAGGGGUUUCACCGAGUGGAGGGGUUUCACCGAGUGGAGGGGUUUCACCGGUGGAGGGGUUUCACCGAGGCAGCCAUUGAUGGAGUCAAAUGAAGUGACCCAUCAGAUCCUAUAUUUAUAACACUUUUAUGUUCCUUCAUUUUGAGCACCGCCAUGCAGCCGCUAAUAAACUCUACGGCUUUGCCAAAUGGCCCCUAUUCCCUCUGUAGUGACAGUAGUACACUACCCUAUGGGCCCUGGUCAACAGUAGUACACUAUCCUAUGGGCCCUGGUCAACAGUAGUGUUGUAUAUAGAGUCCUGGUCUACAUUAGUGUACCCCUAUGGGCCCUGGUCAACAGUAGUACACUACCCUAUGGGCCCUGGUC